AUGUAAAUAUUUGCAUGGAUUAUUGGAGCAUUCAUAAUAUUGAUAGCUAUUUUAGUUGGCUAUAGACUAAUAUAUUUAAUAAAAAGAGGAGAUAUAUAAAAAUAAGAAUAUUAAUAAAAUAAAAUAACUCAUUGGUAUUACUAAAAUUUCUAAUCGCAUACAACUUCAAUAGAUGAACGCAUUUUAAAAUCAUAAUCUAAUGAUAAAUUAGAACAACAAUUUAAUUCUUAAUACCCAUCAAAUAAUUUCUAAUAGAACAAUUCAGUCAAUUCUGAAUAUUAUAACAUACCUGAGGAAGAUCAUAAAAAUUAAAGCAAUAAUAUUCCAUAACAAAAAUAUCACUGUAAUACUCAAAAAAGUUAUCGAACAUUUAGAGAAGCUGACAGAAAUGAUAAAAAAGAAAUAGAUUAUUUGAGUUCUAGGGUUUAAAGUAGGACUAAAAGUUAAAAAUUUUAAAAGAUUUCUAAUCAUAAUAAGGUAUAAAACAGCUAGAUAUUUAUAAACUAAAAUAAUUAUGUUCAAUGUUAAAAGGAGAUGGAGCCUUUAAUUUCAAAUAGAAGUCAAAAUCAAAAACUUAUAAGCAAUAAUAGUUAAAAUAAUUCUAAUGAAAAUAAGAAUGAUCACACUAUUAUUAAUAUUUUUUAAGAUAAAAACUAAGAUAAUGAUAGUUAAUAAUAUGAAAAUUAAUAGGAUAAAGAUGAAAAAAAGAAUGAACAUUCCAUUAUCCAUAUUUUUCUAGAAAACUAUUAAGAUGAUGAUAAUUAAUAAUAUGAAGAUUAGUAAGAUAAAAAUGAUAAAUUUGCUAACUCAAAUUAAAGAGAAAGUUAUAAAUCUAAGAUUGAAUAUAAAACAAGCAAUUUAUAAGAUCUAGAAUAAAAAUUUGAUAAAAAUAAUUAAGAUUUAUUGAAUGAAUAACCAUCAAUUAAUUAGAAUAAUGAAUUGGCUAUAUCAUUCAAUUAAUUUAUUUAAAAUUAAAAUUAAAAUUUGCUAAUAUCGAAUGAAAUUGAAACAAUAGAAAAGAAUAAUGAAGAAAUAGAUAAUUAAAGUAAAUUAUAGUCAUAAUUAUUUGAUUUGCCAUCUGCUGAUAAUAGGGAUUAGUAGAUUUAUAAAUACAUAAGAGUAAAUAAGAAUAAAAUUAUGUAUGUUAAUGAUAAAGAUAAUUAUUAUACUGGUGUUGCAUUCUUUUAUUAAGUAUAAUAUGAUAAGGAUAAUAAUCCAAAGUUUGAAAUUUAUGAAGGAUCAUUUAAUAAAGGAAAGAAAUCAGGAAAAGGAAUAUUAUAUGGAGGAAAAUCUAAGUUUAUUAAUUAUGAAGGAGAAUGGAAAGAUGACUAAUAAAAAAAAGAUUAAAAAGAAUAAUAAAAUGAAGUUAAAAUAGACAUAUAAUAAACAGAAGUUCCAAAGAAAAAAAAAAUAUUAAUUUAUGAAGAUGGUGAAUUAGUUUAAAAUGAUAAAAAUUAAAACUAAAAUUAAAAUUUAACAACUUUUGUUUAAUAACCUUUAUGGAUUAAGUAUAAUUAAUAGUAUUCUAUUAAAGAUAUGGAUAUUUUAAAAAGUGAGACAAGUUGGUUUACAAGCUCAAUAAUAGAUGGAUUAGUAUAAUACUUAAAUAUUUAGUAAGAAAAUUAUUUAAAAAACUUUUUUAAGAAAAAUACAAAAAGAUAUUUGUUUUGUCCUAGUUAUCUUUACACUAAUAUGUCAAAAGAUAGGAUAGAAAAUAAUUUAAUUACAUACUAAAAUUAUAUAUUAGAAUAUCAACCAAUAAAUUUCAAUCUGAAACCUUUAUUUUCAAGAAUUUAUUUUGCUAUUAAUAAAAACAAUACCCACUUCUUCUUAAUAUAUGUAGAUUUACCCUCAAAAUCUUUAAAUAUUGUAGAUUCUAUAAGCAAGGUAGAAAGUUUUUAUUAAACUGAAAUUGAAAUCUUUUAAAAUCUAUUUUAAUAAUAAAUCACUUCUAUAGAAUUAAUAUCAUGUAUCUAAUAAAGAAAUGGUUAUGAUUGUGGACCAUAUACUUGUCUUAAUAUGUAUAAAGAUUUUUAUGAUUUGAUUCAAAAUGUUUGUCCUUAAAAAUAAGAAAUAUAAAUUAAUAAUCCAUAAUAAAUGAGAAAAUUUUUAUUUGAUAUUUUACAAAAUCAAGAUAAUAAAUGA